AGUUGACCUUUCACGUUUUAUAGACGUACGCAGUUUGUUUGGGAAACGCGGUGAAACAGUUUCAGGUACCAUAAACAAACUGAAAUACCCCUAAACGCCGAACCGCUGCGAUGCUCUUUAUCUGAAGACUCUUUUUAUCUCAACGGAUCUCGUUAGAAUCCUCGAUAUUAGCUGUUUAACUCACUUUUACUACACCAAGAAGACCAGCUUGCAAGGUAAUUUCAACCAUGACACAGCCAAUGGGAGACAGCCAUCGAAGGUUCUUGCAAACCAUGAUGGCUCAUGGCAUCAUUGAUAAAAUGAUGGCAAGGAGCCUCCACAAGCAUUGUUGUGAAAUACACAAAGCACAGUAUGCCCAUGACAGACUGGAUGAAUUCAUUGGUGUCAUCAAUUCACGUCUGCAGCCCAUGUUCAUGCAAAUUAGAAAAGGAAUUUCUGAAGACAACGGUUUCGAGUACUACGCCUUGGUAAACUUGGCGAAUACUGACGUGACCAAAAUGUCAUCUGAUUAUGCUGACAAUGAAUUGGAGUUGUUCCAGAAAAUAAUUGAUCUAAUUGUGGACUCUGAUGAAGGGAUCGCCUGCUCUACUGAAAUCCUGAACCAUGCCGACAGUUUGCAAUCUAAAAAGCUGAAAAAGAGCGAUGCAGAACACCUCCUGCGCCGCCUUGUACUUGACAAUUGGCUCAAUGAGAAACAGGGCAACUACACAUUGACCACCAGAUGCAUCAUAGAUAUGGAUCAUUUUAUCCGCACAGUGUAUGCAGACCGGGUCAAAAUGUGCAGCAUCUGCCGCAGUAUUGCUCUGCAGGGCCAACUGUGUGAAAAUCCUACAUGUGACAUAAAGAUACACAAACCAUGCGUGGCCAGAUACUUCAAAGAUAAAGAAGAUCCAAGAUGCCCAGCCUGUGAUGAGUUCUGGCCACAUGAAAUCCCUGAAGUCGGACAGUCCCAGUCACAGCCCAGAUGAAGCCUGCAGCCCUCUUUUGAUGGCGGUAAAUUUCUGUUAGUGUUUAUUAAGUUGCUUAAAUUUUUGAAAUUGUUAGAGUAAUAACUGCACUGACGGUUUUAUUCUUAAUUUUUUUGUAUUUUUGGUUUUUGUACAUAUCCUGUUCUUGCAGUUAUAUGACAAAUAAACUUGAACCUAGAUGUUUUAUAUUCAUUCAAUUUAUUUUAUGUAUGUAUUCGUAUUUUCUGUACUGAGUGUCAAGCACUUUGUAACUGUGUUUUUAAAAGUGCUAUAUACAUAAAAUUUUACUUACUCCAGCAUCAAGCAAAAUAUGAUGUUAAUUUCUUUCAAUCUAUAUCACCAAUAUGGAGUUGGUACCAAUUUCUUAGGAAAAAAACUUGCUGAAAGUGAAAU